GGUUACAUUUAUUAAAGAAGAAGAUUGAUAUGCUUCUUAAAUAGGGGAGAAUGUUAAAACAUAGUUUUCAAAUUAUAUUUAAUAAUGGUGAUGAUGAUAACUCUUGGUUGAAUGGUGCCCUUAAACUGAAAUUUUUUAGCAAAUAGUAAUUUGCAUACAUUUGACUCCAUGGAAUUGAUUAUUGCUACAUUUGGUCCCUUGUAGCCUACCGUUUCUAGAAGAAAACAAUGCAAGCAAUUGAUCAACAAUGCAAACAUUAUAUGGUCAGUCCCCAAUUAUAAAACAAAGAUUGAAAUUAACAUGCCGUGUAAAAAUCUUCAAAAAAAAAAAAAAAACAUGCCGUGUAAAAUAAACCUUUCAAAUAACAACAUUUACCAAAAGACAAAGCUGCUCGAUAGAAUUCAAUAUUCAAAUCUCGUGUUACCUGUUGGUAAAAUAUUUCUGUAGGAUUUUGUCAUUCGAACCUUUUUUGUCAAUAGUUGAAAGGUUCCUAAUCCUUCUUCUAACAGAAAAAUAAUCCAAAUUUCUGCCUUAUCUUCUCCUUGUUACAUACGCAAAUCCACUUUACAAAGUAGUUGAGAUGUUUCUUUAAUGUUGUUAAUGGAGUAGUUGUAGUUCCAUCUUACGUCAGUAGAGUCAACGUUUUGAACUCCCAUGAACUUCCAUUUUCAGUUAAUCUGUUGGCAGGUAUAUAAUGUAGGCAAAAAGAAAAGAAAACAGACAACCAUGGAUGCUCCUCUCUUGCAUGAAUUCAAAAGAAAAGCUUCAUUUUUCCUCAGGGAAAAGAUCAACACUGCAAGAUUAGCCUUAACAGAUGUUACCCCUGCAGAGAUAUUGACAGAAGAGGCGACGAAUGGGGAUUUGGGUGCAGCAAAUGUGCAGGUGAUGAGACUGAUUGCGCGGGCAGCCUUUGAAGUGGAUGAUUAUUGGAGGAUUGUUGAUAUUCUGCACAAGAGGCUGAUGAAGUUUAGCAAAAGGAACUGGAGAGAGUCCUAUAAGGCUCUGACAUUGUUGGAAUAUCUUCUCACCCAUGGACCAGAAAGUGUUGCAGAUGAGUUCCAGAGUGAUGAAGAAGUUAUUACAGAGAUGAUCACCUUUCAAUAUGUUGAUGAAAAAGGGUUUAAUUGGGGAUCAAGUGUUCAGAAGAAAUCUGAGAGAGUAAUCAGGCUGCUGGAAGACAGAUCAUAUCUCAAGGAAGAGAGAACCAGAGAGCGCAAAGUCACAAUCGGGAUCAAUGGCUUUGGUAGCUUCUGUAAAAACUCGGUUUCUGAGGAAGAAACCAUGAAAGAUGCCACUUCUGAGAGGUAUAUGAGGUGCAAUUCUCAUUUCUGCAAAAACUCGAUUUCAGAGGAAGGGAACAUGGAGAGCAAAACCAUGUUCUUGAACAAGCAAAUUCAGAGCCAUGGUGAAUACCACAAGAUAGCAUAUGAAAAUGACCAAAAUGGUUGGGGUUUAACCAGUGCAAGAGAUCAUCAUCCAUUCUUUGAGAAAGGGAGUCACAGUAGAAUCUCCCUGCUUUCCUCCACAACUUAAAUCUUGGAUGAAUUUCGAAUUUUGCAUUAUGGUGAAUACAGAUGUUUGUAAAACUAUGCACUCUUGUAGAUUUACAAGUUGCUGAAGGUAAAUAGGCUUUGUUUGCA